AUGGCAUAUCAGACUUUUCAGAUCGUCAUAAACUCAUUGCAACAGAAUGUGAAUCGAUUUUUAAAAAUUGAGAUUAUGCGAAUCGAUGACACAGGAAACUGCGAUCAUUUUUUAAAAAUUCGUAGAAACAUUUCUUCCAUAACAAAAACUUUAGAUAAUGUUCAUAAUCUCUUUCUGGAAAAAUUUAAUUGGUUUGCUUUGAUGAAUUUGUCAAAUAUUUUCAGUUGCAUUUUUAAUACGUACCUAUUUCUGUACUGUUUGAAUUUUUCAUUGGAAAUUGUUUUAUUUAAAAUAUUAAAGUCUUUACACUUUUACGUGCCUGUACUUGGUAUUAUUUGGAUCAAUAUUUACUGGUUUGCUAUAUUAAGUGAGUCCUGGAAUAUUGAAAGAUCAAAAACUAAUGAUCUAUUGCUAUCUGUAUAUCUAAAACAGAAAUUAUUGAGUGGGGAAGGCACUCAUAAUAUAUUAUCUGAAACCGAAAAAAUCAUGGACAUACAUUUGAUGAGGAUUCUGAUUAAGUAUGAUGCCAUCAACUUCACAAAGAAAUCAUUACUACAAUAUUUCGUUAUUGUUAUUUUAAAUGCAUUAUCCUGUUUGUUAUAUCAAGUUACUGAGAAAGUUGAUAUGUGUGUAAUAGCUUAA